AUGGACUUGAAAAUGGAAAUUUUCUCCCUUGGUGAUACGUCAAAAACUGUUGGGAAAAUUUUGACUGACAUGUCAAGUCUUUAUGACAUAGGGCGCCGUAAACGCUCUGCAGGGCUUUUACUCAUUGAUCGCACACUCGAUCUUCUCACUCCUUGUUGUCAUGGGGACUCACUUAUUGACCGUAUAUUUUCUGCUUUGCCUCGUAGAGAAAGAACAAGUUCCCACGUAGGUUCAGGAAGCCAACUCAAACUUGGUUCUUCUUACCUCCAACGUGCUCCUUUAGAUGUUCAGAUACCACUUGCAAAGAUCCUUAAUGAAGAUUGGAAAGUAGACAAUUUUCGGCUUUUAGAGAGCGUUGAAGCUUUUUUAUGCGGGUGGGACUCUGGUAAUCCCGAUUCUCAGGUUGGAGACUUGAUUAAUCUUAGUCAAAAAAUUCACGACAAGCCUAGUCACGCCGGUAUAGAUAUACUCACGGGGUCUUUUGUCUCCUCUGAUAAUUUUCGUGGCAUGCCAUUCUUGGAAGCUAUACUAGAUAGAAGAACAAAAGAUGGGGCCUUACUGGUAAAGAAAUGGCUACAAGAAACUUUGCGCAGGGAAAAUGUUACUGUGAAUGUGAAAUCUCGUCCUUCUAUUGUUACAACACCUGAGUUGCAAGCUAUGAUCAAAGCAUUGUCCAGAAGCCAAUCAUCUUUUUUAAGGAACAAAGGAAUUAUCCAAUUGGCAUCUGCCACAUUAUCAGCCCUUGAGGAAUCAAAUUGCACCAAAUGGGAUGCAUUUAGCAGUGCAGUGAAAAUUCUGAGUGUAAGCUCUGGAGAAACCAGUCAAAGUCUUGCCGCUCAAAUUGGUGAUCUCAUAAAUAAGAGUGCUCUGUUGGGAUCACACGAAAAUAAAGGGAAAAGGGAUAUCUCAAAGGGUCUGAUUUCUUUGCAAGAUGCUUUGCUGUUAAUGAUCAUCGGAUAUAUUUUGGCAGGUGAGAAUUUUCCAACAUCUGGUUCUGAAGGGCCAUUUUCUUGGCAAGAGGAACGUCUGUUAAAAGAAGCCGUUGUAGACACUCUUCUUGAAAACCCAUCUGUAGUAAAUCUAAAGUUUCUAGAUGGACUAAAGAAAGAACUUGAAGCUAAUGUAAGCAAGUUAAAAUCAGAGGAAGCUACUGAAGUGCUGGAUAUUGAUGAUUUUGAUGAUGAUCAGUGGGGCAAAUGGGGUGAAGAAGAUGGCGAGGAUGAUAAUAAAAGUGAACAAGUAUAUGAUGACAUGCAGCUAAAGUUGGAGUUGCGUGAUAGGGUGGAUAACUUCUUCAAAUUUCUUCAUAAAUUAUCUGAUCUGAAAAGAAAGAAUGUACCAUUGAGGGAUGGUUCAUUGACCGUGGGAGGCAAUUUUGACGAGGAUACCUAUGUGGGAAAAGGGUUGGUUUAUAAGCUACUGACUAGGGUGCUAGGCAAGUACGAUGUGCCCGGGUUAGAAUACCAUUCUUCCACUGUGGGGCGCCUGUUUAAGAGUGGGUUUGGAAGAUUUGGCCUUGGUCAGGCUAAACCAAGUCUUGCUGAUCAAAAUGUCAUUUUGCUGUUUGUCAUUGGAGGCAUUAAUGGACUAGAGGUGCGUGAAGCAAUGGAGGCAUUGGCUGAAAGCGGAAGACCUGAUAUAGAGUUGCUUGUUGGUGGAACAACUCUUCUUACUCCUGAUGAUAUGCACGAUUUGCUGCUAGGGGAUUCGAGUUACUUUUAA